CCGCCGCUGUCCAACCAAACCAAACACGCAACACAUUCAAGCCGAUCCGUUGUGGGAAGGGCUAGCUGAAGAUGAUCCGGGCGAAGAUGAUGCCCGGUAUGCCCCGUCUCGGCGUGAUGCAUGCCUCGGCCGUCGUCAAGGUGUCUCGUGACAAGUUGGUGAGCGCCCUGCGAGAUGCUGCGGCCGCCAUGCCGGAGAACCUGCGGCUCCACCUGGAGGAGCUGAAGGGGAAGAUGGAGACCAUGGCGGAGGUGAUGGGAGCCGCGGAGAUGGGUUCCAUGGAGGAAGAGGCGCCGGAGUGGCUGAUGCAUCUCGAGGACACUGCCUACGGGAUCUGGGACAUGGUCGACGAGCUCCAACUCCAAUCCAACGAGGGGGCACCGGUGUUAGCGGCUGUGCGCCGCCCCAGCUGCCUCCCAAUUGCAAUUGCACGCGAAGAGAGGAUCAUGGUCACCACGAUGAGCAAGGCGAUAGAAAACCUCGAUUUAUUACAGCAGCGCCUUCAGAGUGAUCUCGGAUUUAGGAGGGACGAGAAUACUUCAGGAAAACUCGAGCAAUCUGUUGAUGAUGCUCAUCAUCCAGGAGGAACAGCAUCCUCUUUUGAUGAAGAAGAAGAUUUCAUUGUGGAUAGGGAAGAUUUGAAAUCCUAUAUAGUGGAUUAUAUAUUGUUAUCCAGGGACAGCAGCGGACUCAUUACUAUCGACGGGAUGGGAGGCAUGGGCAAAACAACUCUUGCAAAAAUGGUUUUCUGUGAUACCGGCAUAACCAGAGAUUACGCUCGGGCAUGGGUCAACGUGGGAGCCGAAGAAUUUGACUUGAAGAAAAUAGGCAAUUCCAUCCUUUCUCAACUGUCAAAUAAAGGCGAGCAUCAGGAUACAAGUGAUGUGGAGUUGAUAAUGAAGCGCCUUGACAAGUUACUUGGUGGUGGUAACAAGAUUCUCGUUGUUCUCGACGAUGUACGGCCAGAGCACGCUUCUGACUUGAAGCGUAUGCUGGGUGGUGCAUGGAAGAUAGAAGGCGGCAAGGCGAUUGUCAUAGUAACCGCGCGCCGUAUUCUAGAUUUUGCAGGCCUACCGAGACUACAAGGUGCAUGCCGCGUUGGCCCCAUUAGUUUCGAUGGGUCCUUGCGACUUGUUCAGCGAAAACUUGGCUUUGAUACUACUACAACUGACGACGCUACACUGGAGCUGAUGUACAUGAUUGCUGGGAAGUGCGACGGUAUUCCUUUAGCAAUUCACGCGCUUGGGUACGCGUUGCGGUCCAAGACUCCUGAAGAAAUCAAAUCGGUGAUCGACAGUGACAUCUGGGUGGAAUACGGAUAUGAGCCAUUUGGCAGCUUGACGCUACCAUUGCUGCUGAGCUAUCAAUGCAUGCCACCGAAUCUAAGGUUAUGCUUUGCUUACUGUGCAACCUUUCCACGGGGCCACAGUAUACGUAAAGACGACCUGGUUCACCAUUGGACUGCUCUCCAGCUUAUCGAACCAUCGGACAAGCUCUCUACCAUGCAGCUGGCUAACAAGUAUAUUGGGAUGCUUUUGGGCAUGUCAUUCCUUCAACCUUCAAUGCCGCCUUCAGAUGAUAGAAGUGCAAUGCACUUCACAUUGCACGAUACAAUAUAUGAUCUUGCAGUCACAGCUUCAUCUGGAAAACUGAUUAAUUUGAAUAGUACAUACAGUUACCAAAGUUUCAGUGAGAAAAACAGCUACCGAUAUGCAUGCCUCGCCAAUUUUGACGUCAGUGCACUGAAUUUAUCCGGUAUAUCGUCUGCCCAGCUAAGUGUGCUUCUUUUUCACGGUUGUAGAACUAAUAAACAGCUCAGUGAUGAUUUGUUCUCGCCUGCCAAAUACCUGCGUGUCUUGGAUUUAAGGGACUUCUGCCUGCAGAAACUACCAAAUUCUAUUUGUCAGUUGAGGCAGCUGAGGUAUCUUAACUUGUCAGGCUGCUCUAGCCUUGUAAAUCUACCGGAUUCAUUUGGGAAUCUGUUAAAUUUGGGGCAUAUCGACCUAUCAGGCUGCUCCAGGCUUUUAGAACUGCCGGCUUCAUUCGGCAAUCUCAGAAAUGUCGUGCAUAUCGAUUUAUCAGGCUGCAUUGGACUAAAAGCCCUGCCGCCGGAAUCAUUUGGGCUUCUUAAAAGGUUGGAACAUUUUGAUUUAUCUUCCUGCUCUUGCCUUGAAGGGAUCCCGUAUUUUGUCAAUGGCCUUACCAAUCUACAGUAUCUCAACUUGUCACAUCCUUGCUGUUAUCUUGCUAAACACAGGUUCCAUCUCAAUGCGCUUAAAGAUAUCUGGGUUAAGCUCAUUAACCUCCGGUAUUUGAACUUAUCUAUGUGCCUCAAUCCUAUGUUUUGCUAUCUGCCAGAAAAGGAGAGGAUCGAAUACAUUGAAAGUAUCAGCUGCCUACAUAAGCUGGAGCAUUUGGACCUCUCUCAUAACAUAUUUCUUUCUGAUGUACCUGAAAGUCUAGGUCAGCUCGGUGAACUACAAACACUGAACCUGUCGGGCUGCGUUAGACUCAAAAGGAUAGACAAAUGGAUGGGAGAAAGGAAUUGUCCGAAGAAGUUUCUAGUUGUGAGUAACUGCCUGGGACUGGAAAGAUAUCAGUUUGCUGUUCGCACUGAUGGAGGAGGAAAAAGAAGCAACCUUGCUCAGCUCAAGGAUGUGAGUUGCAAAGAGGUGGAGAUAAGCUGCCUUGAGAAGGUAAUAUCUACAGAGGAAGCACAGAGCAUAGGAUUGACAGAGAAAAAAAAGCUCCAGAAGUUGACACUUGUUUGGAGUGCAGGCCGUGAUGAUGUAUCUUUUAGGGACCAAGAUUUGUUAGCAGAGCUAGUGCCACCAAAAAAUUUGCAGUGCUUUGAGCUGCAUGGUUAUAGCAGCGCAUACCUCCCUGCUUGGUUGGCAUCUAACAUGCUUUCCCAUCUCCCUAACCUUAUGGAGGUUACCAUGGUGGACAUUCCGAAUUGCAGCAAUUUACCACCAUUUGGUGUACUACCUAACCUGCAACGGCUGGUUCUCAAAAGGGUGACUAAGGUCAUAAGAAUCGACGCUGAUCACUUGGGUGGUGACAGCAAAGCAGCAUUCCGUCGACCCUUGCAUGUUACCUUGGAUGGUAUGCUAAACCUGGAAGAGAUUGACACCUACAGUUGUCACGACAGGUUCGAGUUCCCAACCUUAGAUGAACUGGUGAUAAACAAAUGUCCCAAGUUAAGGUUUGGAGAUAAUCCCCCACCCAAGGCCCGGAUGUUGGUGAUUUCAGACUGCGAUCAAUUGAUGGUGUCUCCAGUAGAGAAGAGAGGAGAACAUGUUGAGGACCCUUCUAGUUCCACUUGCACCACCUCUGCUCCUGUAACUGAAGUGGUGAUCGAAAGCUGCAAGAUGCCUCUGAGUGAAUUGAAGUGGAGUCUGCUCGAAGGCUUGGCUCCCCUGCAUAGCUUGCAUAUCAGGAACUGCAGUGAGAAGAUCAUUUCACCAGAGAUUAUGAAGGAUUGCCUAUCGUCGCUCCAGUUACUUUGUUUCUCUCACUGCGUCAACAUGACCUAUCUACCAGAACAUGUGGUUCAGGACACCUCUCUCAAGGAACUCGUCAUCGACGAAUGCCGUGGCAUCAAAUCUUUGCCGCAGAGUGUAUAUGAGGAAAGAAACAAACACUACCCGCUGCUGCGUAUUCGGGAUUGUCCAGAGUUGAAGAAGUGGUGCGAAUUAGAGGAGAACAAAACCAAGCUCGCUCACAUCGAGAUAAUAUUUGAAGAAUCUGGCACUAGUGAGCCUGAGACGACCACUCAUGGGAAAUAUACAUAGCCGUGGCAAGGAGGGAACCGUAAUCGAUCCAUCGAUCCAUAUAUAGUGUAAAAGGUUCACCGCUCUAUCCAUAUUAAUUAUCACUGAUCCAGUGGGUGCCCCAAUGGUUAUCACUGAUCCCAUUGGGAAGCAUCAGAUUAAGCCGAUGCAUUCAUUUGCCGCAACUGCAAACGGCACAACCUGUGAGAGGUUUAUACCAGUAUACUAUAUGAUGACGGCUUCAGAAGACGUUUAACAGCAGCAAGAGGGUGCUGCGGUUCAGUCUGUUUCAUAACAUGUGGGGUCAGGGCCACAUAUUAAGGGGACAUGGAGUGUCAAAUCCUCAAUAGUCCUACUACUUAAUGCCUUAUCAUGAAACCUCCCGGAGAUUUGUUACGAAGUUUCCUUUUUCUUGCAGUAGAUUUUAAUCCCUCGAGAUUGAUGAUUUUGAUACUCUUAUGUAUGCUGUUUGUGAUGCUUGGCUUGAUUUUAA